AUGACGCUCUGGGGCGUGACUUACAAAUGGUUCAAGAGAUUGGCCCCUGGAUUAAUAACUUUAUGGAGACAGUUCAAUAAUGAUUUCUUGUCCCAACAUAGUGCCUCCCAAGAUUAUGUCGUCCCGAGGACAAGCCUGGCCAAUAUCAAGCAAGGGGAAACUGAGAGCUUUAAAAGCUACAUCCAGCACUUUGAUGCUGAAGCAACUAAGGUGGGGAGAUUGUCUAAGGAUGAGCAUAAAAUGGCUAAUGCUGUAGGGGUUAGACCAAGAAGCAAGCUAUGGAACAACAUACUCAAGAGGAAGUUCGAUGACCUUGAAGACUUCUAUGAAAGAGCCAGUAGAUACAUCUUAGUAGAAGAUGGGCAUGAGAACUUAGGAGCUGGGAAAGAUGAACAUCCUAGGAAGGGUCAAGCUGAAGGGUCGCAUAAAAAGAGGGGGUUCAAAUACAAGGAUGACAGACAAGACAAGAAAGCCAAGAGAGAAUUGGAGCCACUGCCUCUCAAAUAUACCCACAACAAAACUAACCCACUAAAGGGAGCACAUCUUCCUCACUAA